GCGCUGCGCCAGUAUUCCGCGGACUCUCAUCGUGUUCUGUUCGUUCUUUAUUCUCGUCCGGUUUCCAAGUCUCACGGGAGAGAGAGAAAGAGAGAGAGGGAAAGAGGCAGCCGCCGAGAAACGCCACAGGACAAAAGUGCCUUCUUCCUUCCUCGCCGCGUACGGAGAUUCGCGUCAGGAUGGCGGACGACAACGUCGACAACCACGAGAACGGCACCAGUAACGGCGACGUGCCCGAGAUCGAGCUGAUCAUCAAGGCAUCGACGAUCGAUGGACGUCGAAAGGGCGCCUGCCUCUUCUGCCAGGAAUACUUUAUGGAUCUGUACCUCCUGGCGGAGCUGAAGACAAUCUCCCUGAAAGUGACUACUGUCGACAUGCAGAAACCGCCGCCCGACUUCCGCACCAACUUCCAGGCUACACCGCCGCCCAUCCUGAUCGACAACGGCGACGCGAUACUGGAGAACGAAAAGAUCGAACGGCACAUCAUGAAGAACAUCCCCGGCGGGCACAAUCUGUUUGUGCAGGAUAAGGAAGUGGCCACUCUCGUGGAGAACUUGUUCAGCAAACUCAAGCUGCUGCUGUUGAACGCGAAAGACAAGGACAAGGAUCCCAAGUCCUCGUCGCUGAUGGCGCAUCUACGUAAGAUCGACGAACAUCUCGGUCGCAAAGGCACGCGCUUUCUCACUGGCGACACCAUGUGCUGCUUCGAUUGUGAGCUGAUGCCGCGGCUGCAGCACAUCAGGGUCGCCGGUAAGUACUUCGCCGAUUUUGAGAUACCGGAGACCCUGGUGCACCUGUGGCGGUACAUGCACCACAUGUACAGGCUUGACGCUUUCCUACAGAGCUGCCCGGCCGAUCAGGAUAUCAUCAAUCAUUAUAAACUUCAACAGAGUAUGAAGAUGAAGAAACACGAGGAGCUGGAGACGCCGACCUUCACCACGAGUAUCCCGAUCGAGGUCAACGAUGACUAAGGUUGGACCUUCCUCGACAAGUCUGCGAUCGCGUGACUUCGAUUAGACAUCGAGAUCGGCCUACAGCGAAACGGCAAAUCGUCUCGACGGAAUUUCAACGGCGCGCAUUUUGUAAUUUAAUAUAUCCAACAUUAGCAUCGGAAACAAGAGCAGGGAUUUCGUUCGUUGAAACUCCCGUCUUUCGAGCUGCCAGCUUGUGUCUUCGUCGCCGCGAUGUCCAUCCAUCGGUUUAUAUCUUUUUUGCUAAGCAAUCAUUGCUGGAUCGCCUUUCUUCCUUGCGGGAUCAAGUCAGGUGUAAACGGAUUAGCUUUUUUACCGCAAACGACGUGAAAACAUAUAUAAGUGCAUUAAGGCGCGUUCAAAGUCUUAAAAACGAUUCUAGAAUACUGAUCUUUCUUUUUUUUCUUUCUUUUUUUCCCUUACUACGUACAGCACGCGUACGUAGUUUUGACCUGAGUAGUAUUAGCGAGAUUUUAAUUUGCUAUUGUUAAUUCAAUGAUUAAGUUUAUCAAGAGGAACGAUAAUGAUUUUGCCAUUUUUUGGACGGCAGUAAUCAUAAAAAUUAACACCGAGAAUGCAAAAGAAACGUAUGCGUUCGAGAGAACCAAAUUGGUGCCAUUUUUGAUAUCUACACUUUCGUAUUAGAAAUUAUCCUUUGGAUAGUAAUUAUUAUUUCUAGACAUUAUUCUUACAUAAAAUUAAAUAAAUAAAGUAGAUAAAACCAAUAUGGAACGCUUGAUUUCAACAUUUUCAUCAUUCUUGAACUUGCGUUGAACUUUUUAAACAUUACGUUUUUUUCAUCGUUUUCAUUCAGCCACUCAUUAUCAUGAAUUAUAGUAACAAGAUACUUAAGGUAUUUGUAUUAAUAAGAAGAAUAAAUACGAAAAAUUCGGAAUCAUGAAUUCUUUCAAAUUUGCAUUCUUGAAUGCGAUUGCGCAAUAAUGAGAGAAAGGCAUGUUGUCGUUGUAUACAUAGAAAAGUACAUUUGACGUAUCUCUCGCGAGACGAGACGUUAAUCCAGAGUGCGUACGUUUCUUCUGGAUUCCGCAGCCGUGGUACGAGGCAUCUUGUUAUUCUCGUUUUCAUCGUUUACACUUUUACUGAUUUACAAGCGGAGAACAAGCACAAACAGUUCCCAUGCGAAUUGUUUUCCCCGCGCGAACCGAAAGCAUUUAAAGUAACAGCACUCCGGGAGCUCGACUCUCCGCUCAUUUCCAUUAAUCCACUUUCAGAAAUAUAAAAACCGAACAACAGUGCAAACUAGUAAAAGCAAAACUAGUAAAACCGUCUAUUCCGCAUUAGUAAUUAUAUUAUUAUAAUUAUUAUUAUUAUUACUAUUGUAUUAUUAAUUUUGGUUUAUAUAUCCGUAGAAGUCAAUAUACCAGUGUUUACAGUAAUGCCUGAACCAUCCCGUCAUUUAUCGUGGCGCAGAUGCGCGGCAUAGUCCUUCCCUAUAAUCUAACAUAACAUAAAAUAUGAUAAUUUUAUAUGAUAUAUCUGGUCGCUAUUUUUUGUUAAAUAUAUGUAUGAUAUUGACAUUUUUACAUCUCGUAGCGAGUAA